GCCCUUCAUCGCCCUCGCCGGCCUCGCCAUCAAUGGCAUCUAUGCGGCUGGUCCAUGUCAUCUGAGCUCUUUUUCGGCUUCAAUCACUUCAAGUACCCCGACCACGAGUCCUGGACUACCAACAACAUCUGCCUCGACCGAUAUCAGCACCGCCGCUCUUAGUACGACGAGCUCCGAGGAAUCAACAAGCACUAUUACCUCAACCGACAUCAGCACCACUCUCAGUACGACGAGCUCCGAGGAAUCAACAAGCACUACUACCUCAACAUCGACGACUUCUGUACCGGAGACUAUUUACACUGGCGGGUUUGCCACCUACUUCUUCCAGAAUGGCAACUACGGUAGUUGCGGAUACGUUCACGCAGAUCGAGACUUGAUUGUUGCACUCAGCUCCUCGUUUGAUCCAAUGAUCGACAGGUACUGCGGUAGAUCCGUGCGUAUUACCAACACCGACAAUGGUCAUUCAGUGGACGCUAUUAUCGCCGACAGUUGUCCAACCUGUGCCAACGCCAAUUCGUUGGACCUGUCAACCGGAGCUUUCGAUGCUCUUGGCUCUCGGGAUGAUACAAUGCUCCCGAUAGUGUGGAAGUUUAUCUAAACAAUGUACAUGAGUAUUGGAUUACUGCAUGUGGCAAGGAGGUUUGGG